AUGAAUUUAUCAACUAUAAAUGUAACUCAUUCAAUAGAAUCUUUAUCUUCAUCAAGUUCACCAGAAUUAUUAAAUACUAAUACAAUGUUAACAACUAAUCAUUAUACUAUAAAUUCAAAUCUACCAUCAAUCAUUCAAACAAAUACUAAAUUAAAUGAAUCAUUUAUUCAUUUAAUUUAUUCAACAUGUUUAAAUAUAUUUGAUAAAAGAUUAAAUGAUGAAUUAAAUAAAUUUAAUGAAAAAUAUGAAUUAUUAUUUAAUGAAUAUAAUGAAACAAAAUAUCGUUUAAAUAAAUUAGAAACUAUGAUACAAUAUAAUAAUAAAAUGAAUAUUCCAAUAAUACCAUUACCAUCAUCUUCAUCAUCUUCAUUCUUGUUACCAUCCUCUUUAACCACCUCAACCUCCUCCUUCUCCUCUUCCUCCUCCUCAUCGUCGUCAGAUUAUUUAUUAACUUCAUUGAAUUCAUUGAAAUCACAACAUUUCAAUGAAUCAAUUAUUGAUAAUAAUAAUAAUAAUCAUAAUAGUCAUAUGAUGAAUACAUUAAAAGAGAUUGAUACGAAAUGGUUAAUGAAUUGGAAAAAUAAUAAUGAAGAUUAUUUGAGUAGUAUAAAUACUUCAAAGAAUAAUUUAUUGGCGCCUAUGUUAACAACAACAACAACAACAGCAACAACAACAAGAUUAGAUGAACAACAGCAACAAUCAAUACAAAGAAUAAAAGAUAAAAUAAAAGAUAAUCAUCCUAUAGAAUUUGAUAUCAAUCAUUUAUCGAAUUCAUUUAUUGAUUCAUCAAUGAAUGAGAAUAAUAAUGAUAAUAAUGUAAAUUAUCCAAAACAUUUAUUUCAUGAAUCUAAUAUAAGUCGAUUACAUAAUCAUUUUAUAAUUUCAACAAUGUAA